AUGAGUCCACCGAUCGAGAAGAUGGACUCCUCGCUCAACCAGCUGGUCAAUGUGAAGCAUCUAGCGCUGUCCACCAACUGCAUUGACAAGAUGAUCUCCCUGCCAGCCUUGAAGAACAUCGAGGUGCUGUCUCUGGGCCGGAACUUGAUCAAGAAGAUCUCGGGACUUGAGGAGAUUGGCUCCACUCUCAAGGAGCUCUGGAUCUCAUACAACCAGAUCUCUGCCCUGGAUGGCCUUGCGCCAUGUGUCAAGCUAACGACUCUCUUCAUCUCGAACAACAAGAUCAAGGAUUGGCCAGAGUUGGACAAGCUCCAGGCGAACCAGGACCUGACAAACGUCCUUUUCUAUGGGAAUCCCAUCUACGAAGGCCUUACCAAGAAGCAGGCGAGACCCAAGGUUCUGGAGCACCUGCCCAAGAUCGCCACUUUGGAUGGUGAGCUGCUCACGGGCGACGAUGACGAGGAUAGCCUAGGGGGGAGCAAGGCUUGA